GGGGCUGUUUGUGGAUUGGCCGAUUUGGGCUCUGUUGUCCCUUUUCUCUUCGUCGGCCUCACAUGAGCGUGAAAGGGCAUUUCUCUUUCACUCUCUCUACUUUUUCCUCUAUAAAUACUCAUUUUCAUACCUAACUCUCCUGAUUCCCGGCCUUCUUUCUCUUUCUCGGAUACUGCGCUUAGCUCAAGAGGAAUAGAGGAUUACGAAGAAGAGAAAGAAAAGCUAAGAAUCGCUCUUUCUCGUACAAACAUGUCGACUGUGAGCCUCCCCUCUACUUGCAUGUUCACAAGUGCAACCCAGAGAAGCGCUGGAACCUUAAUCAAGAGUCGAUCUUCUUUGGGUUCUCUGAAGAGUGCUUCUAAAUUGUUUGGUCUGAAGGCUUCCUCUGGCUUUAGAGUGUCUGCAAUGGCAGUGUACAAGGUGAAGCUGGUUGGGCCAAAUGGAGAAGAACAUGUGAUUGAUGCUCCAGAUGAUACUUAUAUCCUUGAUUCAGCUGAGAGUGCAGGCGUGGAGUUGCCCUACUCGUGCAGAGCUGGGGCAUGCUCAACCUGCGCUGGACAGAUGGUGUCAGGUUCAGUUGACCAGUCGGACGGAUCCUUCCUUGAUGACAAGCAGAUGGAGAAUGGGUAUGUGCUAACAUGUGUCUCAUAUCCAACAGCAGACUGUGUGAUUCAUACACACAAGGAAGGCGAUCUCUACUGAGUCAUGAUGCUUCAUCUUGUCUUUGAUUACGAGAAACCAAGGGAUUGUAGGCGAAACUUCUUUAGUGUAUUGGCAUUUGGCAAUAAAUGUUAAAAUUGCAUGUGAUUUUGAUUUCAGAUUGGGUAAUAUUUUUGGUUGGUUGGCAAUUUAAAAUUGCAUGCACAUGAAAGAUUGGGCAACGGAUUGGUUUUGGCUGUAAUCACUGCAACAGAUUUGUUUCUUUGUUUUUUUUUUUUUUUCGAUAAUUCCAAUUCAUGUUGUUUGGGAAGAGCAUUCUUUCCCAGGUCA